AGAAAAAGCUACCAAUAGAUUAUAUGCCCUCAAAGUUAUUUCCAAAGAGUGGGUGGUUUUUCGGCAAGAGGUCGAACACACAAGAACCGAACGUGAUAUUCUUGCAAUUGCUUCCAGAACUUCCCAUCCUUUCCUUAUUAGAUUACGCGAAUCUUUUCAUGAUAGUAAUCAAUUAUUCCUUGUAUUGGAUUAUUAUCCUGGUGGUGAUAUUGCCACUCAAUUGGCUAAAUGGCAUAGAUUCGAUGAUGCAAGAUGUCUUUUUUAUGCCGCUGAAAUUGUCCUUGGUAUAGAAGAAUUACAUCGUUUGGGGUGUGGACCAACAGGCUCAUUGGAGAUAAAAACCCAUCCAUAUUUUGAUUAUGUUGAUUGGGAUGAUGUUUUAAACAAAAGAAUAUGUGCCCCUUACAUUCCAACUAUUGAGCAUGAGAUGGACCUUCGAAACUUUGAUGAUGUAUUUAUUACAAUGUCUCCAAAACUAUCCUUACCUAAACGUGAAGUUCCGGCCGAAAUGCAACAAUGCUUUGCUGGCUAUUCCUUUUCCGAAAAUCGCUCUGAUUCAAGAUCUAUUAAAACAUUACGUGCUAGUAGAAGUGUUAAUCGUUCUCUUGCCGAUAUUACUUCUUUGCACAGAACUAAUUCUUCCACCACUCUUGGAUACGAGCGUUUUGAUCAUAAUGACAACGAUUGGAAUAAUAGUAAUUGUGAUUUAGAUCAAUAUGUUUCUAAAUGUCCGACUAUUAUGAUUGGGGAUACAAAAUAUCGUAACCAUCUUUAUCUCAACAAAAGAAUUUCUCAAUUCUUAUUGGAUGACUCUCAUUUGAAUAUGGGCGACAAUGCUUCUUCAUCUUCAUCAACAAUUAGGAUUGAAC